UUUGCAUUCUAAUUAUUUUAAAAUUUAGAACAACAAUAAAUUUUACACUAAAGAGAGUGAAAGAAAAAACAAAGCAAUAAGAACAAAUGUAAAGUUUUCCUUGACUUCUAAUGACUUCAUGAAUAUAUUCAUACAGUUUUCUAAGGAACAUAAAGAAAUGCCAUUGUUAACUACGGGGAUUUUUUGGUUUCAAACUGUUAUUUUUUUUUAAAAAAAAUUAAAACAAUAUUAUACCUAUUUUUAGCUAAUAUUUCAUAUUUUGUCCUUCGUACCACAAAAAAUGGCAGGAAAUUAAAAUUAAACAAUGUGCUUGGAGGGUUCUCUUGAAACCACAAAAAAAGGGUCAUGAAGGCCACAAUUUGCUUACACUAACUAAAACACUGAAACUGCUGAGGGGGAUUGGGAAGAGGACCUGACUAUUAAAGAAAGUAUGACAGAAACAGCAUUUCCUCACACUUUUCAGACCCUUAUUAUGAAGCUCAGAUAGUAUUUGUUAGCUCUUUUUUCCUGACCUUUGAUCUAAAAUCAAGUAUAUGCCUGCUUCCUUUUAAAAACAAAAUUUAUAGACAGGCUAUGCUGUAUGCCUGGACUGAUUUUUUUUUACUGCUAGUGGCAAUCACCAUCCCCAUUAAAAAAUGAAGAAGUCUACCUUUCUAACCUUAGCUCUUUGUAUCCAAUACAAACGUGUUUUAUUGCAAACUCUAGAUUACUCCACCCUCACCUUGCAAUUUAAUGUCAUAAAACUGCACAGAUCUUAUUCAAAAGUUGUUUUGAUUGGUUGCAAGUCUCUAACUCAUAGAUGAACACAUAGUCAAUCUUUUGCUAAAGGUGUCCUGCACUUUAUUUUAAACUUCCUCCCUGCUAAUUGGGUACAAAGGUUGCAGCCAAGUGCAGAAAUAUUGCAAGUUUCCUCUCGUCUUUUUCAAUCACAGGAAAAUACCAGUAUGCAAGUAUGAUAUUCUGAAGAAAAAUUAAGAAGGUAUGAUAUAUACAAAUAAAUCAUGGUACAAUUGUGUGCUACUAAAGUUUGCUUUGUAAUCCAAGAGGGUAGAAUGUACUGUCUGGUUCUGAUUUUUUAUGAAAUUCAGAAAAGAUACUGAACGAUUUAUGUUUUGUGAGAAGUCGUAUUUAACUCUACUGUUACCUUGAAGCUGUACUUUGUUUUUAAACCACCUAAAACGUAACAAAGAUUGCUUUGGCAAUAAAUAGGAAACCUUGAGAAAUAGCAUAUACUUGAUUUUUUUUUUAUAAAAAAAAUAUGGCUGAAGAUAAGAUUGAGAGAUGCUUUCACCACGAAACUUUACGCAACCUUGGUUUUGUUUCUCAGGCUACUGCACUGUAUAAAAUAAACAUCUUAUUAACUGUAUUUUUUAUCAAUCCUUGAGAGAUUUAUGCAGUUUUCUUUAUAAAGAAUGGUCACAUAAAUUGCAUCACGACAAUGAGAGAUGACUCUCUGCUUUGUGCUGCCCUUUAAAGUGGAACCAUUUUAGAGCUCAGUUGGGAGCAAGGAGCAAUGCUCUUAAAUUACUGAAGUUGCAUUUGGAGAACAUUUGUUAUUUUUGUACUUUAUAAAAAUCUACAACAAUAUUAAUUAGCUGAAGCAAUGCAUUUUUAUGAAGUGUUGUACUUUUAGCAAGCAGACUUGGCAUGUAACCUCUGAAUUCUUAAAAAUAAUAAUUGCUGUUUGGUUUGCCAGCUAGAGAUGCUUUAGAGACAAAAUCAUAUCUGCUUUGAAACAUAGAGGGAGCACAUUUCACAGGCUUUCUCCUACCUAGUCACAUUUUCUAUAAGAAAAAAACACUUUGAAAUUGGGAAGAUGACUUAGAAAGUUCUACAAUAUUGAGACAUAAAGGCCAGGAUUCUGCCUCCUAUAUAUGCAUUCUGCAUCGGGUUGAUUUGUCAAUCACCUUUGCAAAAAUUUCCAUGUAUCAUUAUUCCAAACAAAAAGCAGAAUUUGGGAAUAUGGGAGUAUGAAAGAUUACUGUGUGCAUCUCUCCGUGUAGGUAUUUGGGUAUGUGCGUGUUUUUGCCUACAUCAUGCACAGUAAACAAUAUUUCAUAAAGUCAGAAUAAAAGUUUCUUCCAUACAUAGGUCAUCAGAUGGUUGAAUGGAUGAUUUAAGGAUGAAAACAAUAUUACUUCAAUUUUAAUGUUUUAAUUCAACUCCAAGAAUUCUAUUCAUUUAUUUUGCUCUGCAAUUGACUUUCAUACAUGUUAUUGGCACAAAUCAUGACCCAAAGAAUAAAUAGUAGCUCCUUAGUUUCCUAUGUUAAAUCUUCAGUUCUUGUUACUAUUUGAAUUAUAUCAAAAAUUAACAGGUUUUGAACAUGAAGCUUGUUUGGCUGCUAAUAUUGGUUGCAGUUCUCUUUCUUCAUCCUGUCAGUACUGAAUGCAGUGAUACUGCUCAAACCGUAAACUGUCAGGAAGUGGCAAAAAUCCAUUCUUCUGUUCCUUCUAACCUAAACAAAGACAUUUCUGUGUUAUAUCUUAGUUGUAACCAUAUUACUUUAGACAAGAAUGACACAGUAAUACUUUGCCAGUACAAUAAUCUCUUAGAACUGUAUUUGAACAACAAUUCUAUUGUUGUUGUUUCUAAUUUCAGCUUUGAAAAACUUUUACAGUUAAAAAUUCUUGAUAUCAGUAAUAAUUAUAUCAAAACAAUUGAAAAAGCAGCAUUUGCUGGUUUGAAUGAAUUGCAGAUUCUGAAUCUACAAAAUAACAAAAUUACAAAAUUAAAUUCUGAUGUAUUUGCAAGGCUAAACAAGUUGAAAGUCCUAAACUUACAAAACAAUUUUCUUAAAGAUUUUGAUGCUGAGGUAACAUUUAAUUCAAUAUGUAUUAAAUUAAAUGGAAAUGUGUGGACUUGUUCAUGUGACCUUCUUAGUUUACAACAUUGGCUGAAUAGUUCUACUUUGAUAACGGGUAGGUCAAUAUAUAUUUAGUCUUGAUUAUUUUUCCAUUUCUAAAAGUAAUUUUAGAAUUGCUUUCUGAAAUUCCUAAUUUGGGAGUCAAAAACUGUAAAAGAAAACUGUAUAUUGGAAACAGUCUAAGAGACUUGGCUUAUAUACAACAUUAAUGUGAUUUCCAAACUGGAUUGUGAAAUUAGUUUGUAUAACUGAGUUUGUUUGUUUUUAUCAUGAACUAAUUUAUGCACAAUGCUAGUAUCCUUGAAAGUGAAACUAAAUAUUAGCAAGGUUCUUUAUCUAAUACUGCAGGACCUGAUUUGGGCUCAUUCCAAUCAUUUAUGAAGCAUUUAGGCAUGGUUUAAUACACUUGUUAAUAUCCCCAUAUGAAACUAAAUAUAGUCCUCAUAUUUUAAAGUACUCAAAAUAGCAAUUUCAAAAGUUAUCUGUUUAGCCAAGUGAGUUAGAAAAAAGGUUUGCAAUGUGAACCAGAAAUGUAUUUAGAAUAAUGUAUUUCAGUAAAAUAACUUUUUAUACUACAACUAAGGCUAUCUACCAGAUCUGAGCUGGAAAAAAAUCAAGGGGACCACUAGAUGAUAGCAUACCGAGAACUUCAACUGCUGUCAUCUAGUAGUUGUUCAGUUUUCCAACACAGAUCUAAUAAUCCUACAUUUAGGUAUCUGC